AAAAAGCGGCAAGCCUGAUUUUCCCCCUUCUCUCCCCACCCAGAGCCUGCCUGCCUACUUGAGCUUCGCGGGGGGCCUGGUGCUUCCCUCCAUGGCUGUAGUGCCCCUCGGGACCACCCGAGUCGGGUGCUUGCUGGUGGGUGCCACCUGAGGGUGCUGCUGCCGUGGAGGGAAGCACCAGCCCCCCCUGCAGCCCAGGAACCGCUCUGCCCACUGGCAGCUCGCCCUCCCCUCUCCAGUGCCAGAGAGGCAGGUUAUUCAGAAAUAGUAAUGAACUCCCGGUUACGAGCAUUAAGUGGGAGGAUAAAUAAUGUACGUUCAUCAGAGCUGCCAAAAGAGAAGACCCGAUCGGAGAUUAUCUGUAACGUCCACUUUCUGGAUGGCUCAAUACAAAGCUUCAAAGUCAAUAAACAAGAUACUGGUCAGAUUUUGUUGGAUAUGGCUUAUAACCACUUGGGUGUGACAGAGAAGGAAUAUUUUGGUUUACAGCAAAAUGAAGAGGCAGUAGAUUCCCCUCGGUGGCUUGAAAUGAGCAAACCUAUCAAAAAACAGCUUAAAGGAGGUUUUCCCUGCACCCUGCAUUUUCGAGUAAGGUUUUUUAUACCUGAUCCCAACACACUGCAGGAGGAAAAAACCAGGCAUUUAUUUUUCCUGCAACUGAAAACAGCUAUUUUGGAAGGAAGGUUGACAUGCCCUCUUAAUUCUGCUGUUGUCCUGGCAUCUUAUGCAGUACAGGCUCAGCUUGGAGACUUUAACUCCACAGAACAUCAUUCAGGAUACCUUUCAAAUUUCUACUUUUUACCAGAUCAGAACAAAGAUUUUCUAAUCAAAGUUGAAUCGCUGCAUGAACAGCACAGUGGCCUCAAGCAAUCUGAAGCAGAGUCCUGUUAUAUAAAUAUAGCACGAACCCUUGAAUUUUAUGGAGUGGAAUUACACAGUGGUAGAGAUCUACAUAAUCUUGACCUGAUGAUUGGAAUUGCUUCAGGUGGCAUUGCUGUGUACAGAAAAUUUAUUUGUACAAGUUUCUAUCCCUGGGCAAACAUAUUAAAAAUUUCCUUUAAAAGGAAAAAGUUUUUUAUACAGCAACGACAAAAACAUAAUGAAACCAGAGAGCAUAUUGUUGCCUUCAACAUGUUAAAUUACAGAGCAUGCAAAAAUCUGUGGAAAUCUUGUGUAGAGCAUCACACGUUUUUUCAGGCAAAGUCACUACCUCAUGAAAACAAGAUAUUUUCUCAUUACUGGACCUUGGGUUCUAGAAACCUAACAAAGUCUGUAAACAACCAGUAUUGCAGAAAAGUCAUAGGUGGGAUGGUUUGGAACCCAUCAAUGAGGAGAUCUUUAUCGGUUGAACAUUUAGAGACCAAAAGCCUUCCUUCUCGGUCUCCUCCUGUUACCCCCAAUUGGCGGAGUCCUAGGCUACGUCAUGAGAUUCGUAAACCGCGACAUUCGUCUGUAGAUAACCUUACGAAUGAGAUUACAUACAUUACAGAAACUGAGGAUGUUUUUUAUACAUAUAAAGUCUCUCCAACCUCAAAGGACAGUGAUUCAGAGGUUUCCCAGAAUCGCAGUCCACGGAGGAGGUCACCUGAACAAGAAUCAUCAAAGAACAUAUUGGGAAAUAGUCCAUCACAGAGCUGUUUGACCCAUACUUCACCGAAUACCUCGACCCAGUCUCCCAGUGGUGUUGGCAACACUUCAGGCUCCUAUCCGUUGGACGGGGCGGAUCAGCAGUUUUCAGAAACAUAUGACAAUGUUACAAAGGGUAGCACCUCAGAAGAUUCCAGUCAGUACUACUGUGACAGGAAUGAAGUAAUAGAUGGGGAUUUACUUUCGGUGCAUAUUACCCCAGAUGAAGAUGGGAAAUUUGGAUUUAAUCUAAAGGGUGGUGUCGAUCAAAAAAUGCCUCUAGUGGUGUCAAGAAUAACUCCUGGGUCACCUGCGGAUAAAUGCAUCCCAAAACUAAAUGAAGGUGAUCAGAUAGUGUUAAUCAAUGGCCGAGACAUCUCAGAGCACACUCAUGACCAAGUGGUCAUGUUUAUAAAAGCCAGCAGAGAAUCACACACAAGGGAACUUGCACUUCUGGUCAAGCGGAAAGUUGUCAAACACUUUGUUGAGACCAAAUCUGAAGAUGAAGCUGAUUCUCAGAAUUUUCAAGAAUCCAUUCUUUCCACAUGUUCAGAGUACGGUGAUACACUAGAAGAGUCUAUGGAACAACUGAAGAAAGGUCUGGAAAAUGGGACAGUGCUCACUCAGUUUGAACAACUUUACAGGAAAAAGCCGGGGCUAGCUGUUACAUGUGCAAAAGUACCUCAAAAUAUGGACAAAAACCGAUACAAAGAUGUUCUACCUUAUGAUGCCACACGGAUAAUAUUGCAAGGAGAUGAAGAUUAUAUUAAUGCGAAUUAUGUGACUAUGGAAAUUCCUUCCGCUGGCAUCGUGAACAGAUAUAUUGCCACUCAGGGGCCUCUUCCACAUACCUGUGCACAUUUCUGGCAGGUAGUCUGGGAUCACAGGUUAACAUUGAUCAUAAUGUUGACAACCCUUACAGAACGAGGACGGACUAAAUGUCAUCAGUAUUGGCCUGAUCCACCAGAAAUAAUGGAGUAUGGCAACUUCCGUGUCAAAUGCCAGUCUGAGGAUUGCACUAUUGCCUAUGUUUUUAGGGAAAUGGUGCUUACAAAUAUUGAGACAGAGCAAGAACACAUAGUUACCCAUCUCCAGUAUGUUGCUUGGCCUGAUCACGGUGUUCCUGAUGACUCCACGGACUUCUUGGAGUUUGUGAACUGUAUGAGGCCAAAAAGAGUAAAAAACGAGCCAGUCCUUGUUCACUGCAGUGCUGGAAUAGGUCGCACUGGUGUGUUGGUCACUAUGGAAACAGCCCUGUGUUUAAUUGAAAGAAACCAACCUGUUUAUCCACUGGAUAUUGUAAGAAAAAUGCGAGAUCAGCGAGCUAUGAUGGUGCAAACAUCAAGUCAAUACAAAUUUGUGUGUGAAGCCAUUCUUCGUGUUUACAAAGAAGGAUUAGUUCGACCACUGGAUUCCAGUUAGUACAGCAGUGAAAAAUUGAAUUUCUUCUUUUUAAGGCGCUUCCAGUUUUUGGAAAGCAAUCAGCUCAUUUCCAUAACCAAGUAGAAAUGUUAUCAGAAGCCCAUGGGAAGACAAAUGAGCAUAUUUGAACUCUGGCACUUUACAUUUCUGUAGAAGAAUGCUGAAUCAUGUACAGUAUGUAGGAAACAUGUAGAUAUGUAUAUGAGAGCAAUUAUAUGUAAUAUGCAUUAUAUACAUGCACACUGAAAACAAAUAAUUGUGGAAACCUUAGCACGUAUCUUAUCUUGCUGCCUUAAAACAACUUUUUUCUCUAGAAAUUACUGUAGUUCUGAUGUUGCCCGUUCUAAAAUACAAGAGGAAAACCAGUAGUAGUAUUACAAAAUGGCCCAACUAAUGAAGUAGUGAGUCUCUUCACCUCUGCUAGGAGCUGAGGACUCAACACCUUUGAAGAGGUUGGUCCCAAAAUAAUCAUAGGCAAGGUAGUAUUGGUCAUGUUGUUUAUUUUAUAAAGAUGUCUCAAACAUUCUACACGAACAGAAUACCAGUGGCUGGCCAGUAAUUGAAUUGAAUUACUGGAGAAAUCAGUAUUGAAUUACUGGAGAAAUUAGUAUUCAGUAUUGAAUUACUGGAGAAAUUAAAGAACAAACUCCCAUAAACCUGGUAGCAAGUUAUAACCUGCCACCUAUACUAAUACACUUUCAGCAAGUCAUAUGUAGCAUAAAUGACACACUAACUCAUUUAUUUUGGUGAGAGUAUAAAAUGCAUUGGCCUAUGACCAGGUUUUCCAAUUGUUUAACCUCUGAGCAGCAAUGUAUUUCCUAUGCUCCUGUCUAUUGCACUCCUUUGCUCCCUUAUCUCUUCAGUAAUCCCAGUUUAUACUUUGUUUUGCUAUGUUCUGUUUCUCCUAUUUAAACAUUGUAAAUGUAAGCUUAUAUUUAGAGGCCUGAACCUCUAUAAUCUUUGUUUCUCUGUAUCUUUUUAGUUUUCAGUUUCAGGCAUGGGCUAGUAUUGCACAUGACUGCUAGACCCUUUAGCUUAUUCCAUAUGUAAAAAGUCUAAUCCAGUACUAGAGAAAAUAUACUACUGAACCUAUUAAAUAUAUUGCUGCUAAUUCAAGGUGUAAAUUUUAUGAAGGCACAAAAGUAACUAGGAUUUGGACAGUUAUACAAUAUUGACUUAAUUCAACAGAAAUCUUAUUCCAAUCCAGUGCAGUGCAGCUUUGUGUAGUGUGAGCAGUGCUGAUCUUUAAUGUCUCUUGCCUUUCAAUAAAUGCAACCAACUUCAUAUGAAGAUUCCUAUGUAAAGAAAGAAUGAUUUUGUGCACUGGUAAAUAAUCCAUACUAAGGUACAAUGGUCUUGCUUUCAUUUCAAAGCAGGAGAGAAUUGAACUUUCAGAUCAAUAUAACCACAAUUUUGUGAUGUUAAUUUAUUCAGUAUGCUCUUUUGGAUUGUCCUAGAUAAUUCUGUUUAUUUCUAUAUAAAUACUGUGUUAAUUUUAGAGAAAAUAUUCUAUGAGAUUGUAUAGAAUACUGUUAUUUAAAACUUAGUUCUAAAUAAGGAAGUUGUCUAAAAAUCUAUACAUGAGCAUAUUACUCAAAUGUUUAUAUGUGUACAAAAAGAAAGUUAUCUUAUUUUCUCCUAAUAUAUAUAUGCACAUAAAUACUCAUUUAUAUUUUAGAACUAUAAUUUGUAUUAUAGACACUACAAUUUUUAUCUAAUGUUUAAUUAUUUUAUUGUGCUUGCUAUGCUUGAAUACUCUGCAGCAUCUUAUGACCAACAGGGUUUUUUUUCAGAAGAUAGUUUAAAGUUCAUGUAGUACCUAUUAAAUCACUGACUACCCUGUUCUGUGGUUCAGUUCUUUCUUGGAGAUUAUGGUUGCUUGCAGACAUUAAAAAGCAAACAAAAAAAAUUCACCUUAUUGGAAGAAGCAUACUACUUUGACUGGGCUCUGCAGCAUCUGCAUAGAUUGGGCACUUCAGCAGGGCUUUUUGGUGCUUUUAUAUAAAGCUGAUUCAAUCACCUGUUAGAUAAAAGUGCCAAAAAAAACCCCUACUAAAGCGCCUGAUGUAUACAGACUUUGGGUGAGCCGGGUCCAACUGACAUGCUGCCUCUUCUGGGCAUGCUCUGGGCUCAGUGCAGGAGCAUGCCAAGUUUAAAGCAAAGCAGCAUUUGUCUGUUUCUUUUGUUUAAUGUCUGCAAGCAACCUAUAUUACUAGUCAGAGAUGGAGGUGGGUAACCUAUUUUGGGUAAUACUCAGUUAAGAAAUUAAUGCUGUUUUAGAACAAAUGAGGUAAUCCGUCAGUUUUGGUGAUGUGGGUUGGUCAGCAAGUGAGAAGUGGUUUUACUCAGUGGUUUGGGCAUGGGCUGGAAGUUAAGAUACUGGUUCUAAGUCCUAUUCUGACUUUAUCUCAUUUUAAAUCACCUAACCUCUUUAUACCUCAGUCACUCCAAUGUAAAAUGGAGCUGCUUAUUCUUGCUUGUACCUUGUAUAAAGUGUGUUGAAAAAUAUACAGGCAAAUUCCUAUAUAUGUACAUAUUUAUAUUACAGAAUUUUCAGAUAUUUGGAAAAAAGGUUAGUGCUGCCACACUGGAAAUAUAACAACUGUAGGUAGUAGCAAAGGAACCUUGUCUUCCACUUGGCUCACUGCCAGGAGACUUAUAUUAUUGUCAUUAUUAUUAUUCUGUUUUCCUUUGCAUCGACUCAGCACUUUAGAAGUAUACUCGUCCACAUCUGCCUAUCCCGGGCUAUGAAAAGAGCAGGUUAUUCUGUUACUGGUAACUGAUACUAUAACAAGAGAUCAGAAAGAGAAAUGAGUGCAAGACAGCAAAAGGAGUGUAUUUAGGCUCCCUCCUUCCCCCACUUCCCCCUGGCUUGUGACAUGCAUUUAAUUUUAUUAAGUAUUUCAUUAUUUUAUAACCUAUUUGUUUUUUAGACCAUUGAUAUAUUUCUUUCAGUACUCAUACCUCUCUCUCUGAAUUGAAUGUAUAAUACUUACCAAAAUGCAAUAAGUUUCUUCAGGACAUAGUUCCAAUAUUCUCCAGCUGUACUGCACAACUUUAUCUGGCAUAAUACCAUAUGCAUUUAAGACAGUAUCAUCAGAUUUUGACAUAUAUAGUUCUUCUUUUUAUUUGUUAGUAAAUCUAGAGAGAAUAAAAGGCUUCUGUCUUGCACAUCUGCAAAUUAACACUUGGACUCUGAACAACUUUACAUAUGCAAAUCUGAAAUAGCAAUACCUAAGGUAUUGCUGAAGUAGCAUUAACUUCAGAAAUCCCUAAAUUGAGUUUUUAUAAUUCAUGCUUUAAAAAAAAAAAAUCAAAGAGCACAUAUUGGGUUAGAGACCAAUAAGUCAUCUAAUUCUAUUUCAGUUUUCCUGCGUUUUGCAUGAGUACUCUAACUGACCUAGGUAGAUCUUCACUGGAGAAUGAAGUACUGUACUACUUGUGUUCAGAAAGAGGUUUUUUCCCUUAUUUAACAUGAAGGGGGAAAAGCCCCUCAUCUUGGUAUUGAGUGUGAGGGUUUGGCUGGGAUGUAUGCAGCUGGGCCUGCGGUAGGCCACUAGGAGUAACUUGGGGGUCAGCAAGGCAGGGACGCAUAGAUCAGAGCAUCAGAUCAGGGUCUGCAUUGGCAGAGCGGAGAGUGUGGGACCAAGUUCCAAGGGAGCCAGGAGGUGAAAUCUGAGUGAUGUAGUAUGAACUGUAAGGUGAGGUCGGGAGCCAGGAGUUGGAGACCUGGUGCCAAGAUCCAAGGAAGAUCUGAGGCUAGAGUCAAGGAAGCCAAGCUGAGUCAUGGUUUCAGAGAAAUCAGAGAUAGCACCAGAACCAAGGUUCAGGGGAGGGCCAAGGAAAGCCAAAGCCAAGUCAGGAGCUAGGAGAACCAGACAGCAGCAAACACAAGGCUUGCCAGAAUAGACUGAGGCUGUAUGAAGGCAUGUCUGCAGCCUGAGACUUGAGAUAUGGUUAUAAGGCGUCAGUGGUGCUUUCAGCUGCCAAUCCAAUUGCAGAGAACUGGGGGCAUUAGCCAGGUAUUGGGGGCAGGUGUAAUGACCCAGGAGCUUGGCCAAGCCAGACAUGCUUGAUCAGAGCCCCUGAUGUCCUGUAUGAGGCAAUGGAGGGCAGAUAGCUGUUGUAGCUCCAGCUCUGGCCCCAACCCUGGGUCAGGGCUGGAGAUGCAGUGCUACUGCCUGCCCCCUCCUGCCUCUGCACCCCCUGCCACUCCUCCACAGCCUCGGGCCCCCUCCACCCUUCCUCCCCCAUUCCCACUCCCCUCCCCCAUACUUUUGCUCCAGCACUGGCAGGCACUGUCCCCAUUGGAGCAUGGAACACAGUCCCCAUCCAGCCCUGUAGCCAUGGUACAGGUUCUGUGCUUCUGCUAUGGGCCUGUGCUCUGUGCCCCAGGCUGCAACAGGGGUAGGGAAUCCUGGCAUGGAGCAAAGGUAAGUGGCAGGGGGGGCAGGUAGGGGUAAAGGCUUUGGGGCAGGGGAGCAGGGACCCAUGGCUGUGGGGGGGGAAGCACAAGGAGGAAGUAAGUUUGAGGGAGAGAGGGGACCAGCAGCAGGAGGCAAGGUGCCUACCUGCUCACCAACCUCACACUGCCUGUCCCCCAUUGCUCCCUCCACCCCUGCUCCAAUACUGCCUCCUCAGAUACAUGUGUCCCCCCCCACCUACCCCAUUACUACCCCACUUAUCACCUGUCCCUCCACCUGCAGUAGUGCUGGUGAUGAAUUUAAGAUGAUUCCCCAUUAAUUAGAUUCAAAACAUGGAAAACUAUAACAAACAUAAAUUGUCCACAUAUAGAAUUUAGUUAAUGGGGGGCGGUCAUCUUAAAUUCAGGGUCUUCUUAGAUUUAGGUAAGUUUUUGUCAUCUUUCUCCAUGUGAUGGAUUUGCAGUGGAGGAUAAACCUCUGAAUUUAAUUUUGUGACCAAAGAUUCAUAGAUUCAUAGAUGUUAGGGUCGGAAGGGACCUCAAUAGAUCAUUGAGUCCGACCCCCUGCUGGGUCUAGAUGACCCCAACUAGAUGCUCAUCUAACCUCCUCUUGAAGACCCCCAGGGUAGGGGAGAGCACCACCUCCCUUGGGAGCCCAUUCCAGACCUUGGCCACUCUAACUGUGAAGAAGUUCUUCCUAAUGUCCAAUCUAAAUCUGCUCUCUGCUAGCUUAUGGCCAUUAUUUCUUGUAACCCCCGGGGGCGCCUUGGUGAAUAAAUACUCACCAAUUCCCUUCUGUGCCCCCGUGAUGAACUUAUAGGCAGCCACAAGGUCGCCUCUCAACCUUCUCUUGUGGAAGCUGAAAAGAUCCAGUUUCUCUAGUCUCUCCUCGUAGGGCUUGGUCUGUAGGCCAUUAAUCAUACGAGUGGCCCUUCUCUGGACCCUCUCUAGGUUAUCUGCAUCCCUCUUGAAUUGCGGCAUCCAGAAUUGCACGCAGUACUCCAACUGCGGUCUGACCAGCGCCCGAUAGAGGGGAAGUAUCACCUCCUUGGACCUAUUCGUCAUGCAUCUGCUGAUGCACGAUAAAGUGCCAUUGGCUUUUCUGAUGGCUUCGUCACACUGCCGACUCAUGUUCAUCUUGGAGUCCACUAGGACUCCAAGAUCCCUUUCCACUUCCAUGCCACCCAGCAGGUCAUUCCCUAGGCUGUAGGUGUGCUGGACAUUUUUCCUCCCUAGGUGCAGCACUUUGCAUUUCUCCUUGUUGAACUGCAUCCUGUUGUUUUCUGCCCACUUGUCCAACCUGUCCAGAUCUGCUUGCAGCUGUUCCCUGCCCUCCGGCGUGUCCACAUCUCCCCAUAGCUUUGUGUCAUCUGCAAACUUGGACAGAGUACAUUUCACUCCCUCGUCCAAGUUGCUGAUGAAGACAUUAAAGAGUAUCGGUCCAAGGACCGAGCCCUGCGGGACCCCACUGCCCACACCCUUCCAGGUCGAAACCGACCCAUCCACCACGACUGUCUGGGUGCGACCCUCCAGCCAAUUCGCCACCCACCGGACUGUGUAGUCAUCCAAGUCACAGCCUCUUAACUUGUUCACCAGUAUGGGGUGGGAUACCGUAUCGAAGGCCUUCCUGAAGUCUAAGUAUACAACAUCCACCCCUCCUCCUGUGUCCAGGCGUUUCAUAACCUGAUCAUAAAAAGAAACUAGAUUGGUCAGGCACGAUCUGCCUGCCACGAACCCGUGCUGGCCUAUAGUUGCUUUUUAGUUGCCAUAAAGGGUAGAAGGUAGAGUGGUCCUCUCAACUCCAGUCUUUUGGUCACUCAUAUGUGAACUGUAAAUGAAAACUGGGUACUUGUGAGUACUUGAGUACUUACUUAUGAGUGGGAAUUAAUCACUUAACCUGCUGCUUGGUGAGAGGGCAGCAGGACAGGCCCUACUAGGAGAGACUGAAGAACCUGAACCUGUUCAGCCUCAGCAAGAGGAGGCUGACGGGGGACCUGGUGGCUGCCUACAAGCUCAUCAGGGGGGAUCAACAGCAAAUAGGCAGAGCUCUUUUCUCCCCAGCACCACCUGGGGUGACAAGGAACAAUGGUCAUAAGCUGAUGGAGAAUAGGUUUAGGUUGGAGAUCAGAAGGCAAUAUUUUACAGUUGCCACCUUUUACAGGGUGGCCAAAAUCUGGAACCAACUUCCCAGAGAGGUGGUCCUCGCCCUUACCUUUGGCAAAUUCAAGAGGAGGUUGGACGAUCACCUGUCUGGGGUCUUGUGAACCCAGCAUUCAUUCCUGCCUGUGGCAGGGGGUUAGGCUAGAUGAUCUGUUCAGGUCCCUCCUGACCCUAGCUACUAUGAAACCUCUAAAAUAAGUAGGGUACUAAAAAAAGGAAGGUGCUGUGAAAUCAUGGUUCUCUAUACAACAUAACAAAAAUGUUAACCUCAUUUUUUUUAAAGUAGUCUAUUAGUAAAAUAGCACUCAAAAUUCAUAGCUUGCAAAAAUUGGCCUUAUGUAUUCUUCCCCACUGGAAAAAGUACUUACAUUUUACUCGAUUCAAAAGUGUAAAUAUUAUUUUAACAAAAUAGCUUUAUAUAUGCUAUGCAAGAAAACCAAAAAGCCUGUUAGAAGUGUGUCUAGAAAUUUGACAAGAGAGUACCACAGAAGCCAAAAUUUGGUAUUUGAUAGCUGUGGGAGAAGGAGCUGGUCUUACCAUAUGUUGAACAUAAAUAAGGUGCCAUAAACCCACUUUUGCCCCUAAUGUAUCCUCAGUCUAAAUCCAGGUAAAAUACCCCCCCCCCCAUGUGAUUUAGACUGGAUACUUUUUUUAUUCUACUUGGUCAGACAGUAAUCAUACCAUGCUUAAAUAUCCCUCCAUAGCCCUUGAUUUUGCCUUAAAUUAUGCAUGUCUAAAAUGUUCCUAAUUAUUCAGCAACGUGGUUUUCUUUACAUCCGAUGUCUUGCUCACUAUGUAAUAGCUGAUAAACACUUUUUAAAGAACAGUACCUCUGAAAUACUAAUGAAUUUUGCAUCUGUUUUAUUCCUACUUUUAUACCCUACUAACUCACACUUGUGGGUGGUAUCCUUAUGUGCCAAAAUGAAAAAAAAUUAUGUAAUAAUGCAUAAAAUAUGUCAAUAAUGCAUAACAAUCGUUCACAGUUGAUCAGCUUUAAAAUUACUUAAUUUAAACAGUAAUAUACUUCUCUUUAGACUUAACAUUGACUUUGUUUUAAAAUGUCCUUUAAGAAAGCACUUAGAGGUAAAUUUAUUUUGCUCAUUACAUAAAGCCUUUGCAGAAAGAAUGUGCAUUAGGAAAUGCUUAUUUCCAUUGUUAACCCUGCAAUUAUUCCAAUUGUUUAAAAGCUUGUGUAUAUUGAAACCAUGCAGAAUCUAAAGUUCUGACACAACACUUAUAUUCAAAGGGAAUUGAAAGCCAAGUAAAUGAUUAAAUCAUUUUUAAAACAAUGUUUUAAUUAGGGGUGCAUGAGAUGGGCCCUAUUCGAUUCAAAUUCGGCAAAGAAUAAGGGAUAAUGAUUCGAUUUGUUGAUUUGGAUCACUGUCCCUAGUUUGAUUCGGCCAAAUCUGAAUCUGAAGAUUUGAUACUGAUUUAGAGAAUCAGUGAUUCGGCCAUAAGACACAGCUUUAAAUGUUUUUUCAACAUACGUUGAGGUGCAGGGUGCAGCUUGUGAACACUGUGAUGCUGGGGUAGAUGAAGUGUCCCACAGGAGCAUGGAGGCCCCCCUCCCCCCCCCCGCAUAUAUGCUUGGUGGUGAACAGAGAAGUGGACCAGAAGUAUUUCUGAUCCGCUUCUGGGUCCGCUGGGGAGUAUGCGGCGGAGUGGGGGGUGGCUCGGUGAUCAGUCAUGGGGGGGACCCCGGGUGCUCCCCCCCCCCAACCCAGGAGGCACCAGUCAUUGAGCUGGGGGGCUGCGGCAGGGCACCCCACAGCGUGCUUUCUGGCAGACCCAAAAGUGAACCGAAAGUGCUUCUGGUCCAUUUCUGAGUCUCCUGCCAAGUGUGUUGGGGAGCCCUCCGCACUCCUGUGGGACGCUCCAUGCACCCCAGCAUCGCAGCAUUCAUGAGCCUCCUGGUACCUAGAGGUAUGUAGAAAAAACAUUUAAAGCUGUGUCUGUGUCCAAUUUGCUGAAUCUCUCCAAAUCAGUUCAGAGGGUUCCGAUUCAAUUCAGAGAAAUUAAAGGGUCCUCUGAUUCAAUUCAGUUCGGAUUCAGAGAUCCGGCCACUGAAUCAGGCUAAAUCUCCGUAGAAUCAAAUCGGGGACUGAAGCUUCGCAUAGCCCUAGUUUUUAAUUAAAUGUAUUCUCUUCCAUCUAUAGACCUGGCACUGACAGACAGUGUUAAACCAUCUCAGAUGCUUGUCUGUUCUAACAAUAGCAGAUUAAGUAUAGCAGUUAAAUGUAUAUGUUUGGAUUCAGUGUUCUUUACCAUAUUUCAUUUUCCAGUUGCAUACCCAACAGUAGUUUUACAAAGAGCAGUAUUUAUAAUCAGUGGAACUUACCCAGUUUUAGAAAUAUGGGGUUUUUUCAAUAAUCAUCUCUUCAACUGGUUGUGUAGAUUGAUGCACUUAAGUUUUCUCUAAUUUUUCCCAGUUCAUGAAAUGCAGGACAAGUACUUAUACUUUUCCUUCGUCCUUUCCAAAUACUUAACAUUUUUAUCUGCACUCCUAUUUAAGCAGUGCACAGUACCUAAGACAACACAAAGCUUUACCUGAGUAAAAUUUCCUUAAAUAAAUAUUAAGACAGGGAAUGUGGGAAUUCAGUACCAGAUUAUGGUGGCUGCUAGCACUGUGUAUAAUAUUUAAUAUAUACUAAUUCUUCCACUAAGUAAGCGCCCAGAGAAAUAUCAAUUGCGUUGUACCUCAGGUGGCCUGGGAGGUGGAAAAAAUGAACCUCAUACGUAUUGCUUCAGUUUUUAGUCCAGUCCACACUACAGAAAUUUCCAAGUUUCCCAUUGUUGCUAAAGUCCAUCACUUUCACUGAUGUUAGCAACAUUGGUAAUCCUGAUACAGACAAGUUCACAGCUGUUAUCAGUGUUCUAAACACUAUGUUCUUCAUACCCUAUCUAAAUAUUGCCAGAUGAGAUUGUACUUAAGACAGUUUAUGCUUAAGAUACCCCCCAGGAUUGUUUUAGUUCUGCUGUUGUUCAUCAUAUGAGCAAUGACGAGUAAAACAUUUUAAAAGCAGGCAAGUUAAUUUUUCUAGAGCAGAUGAGACUUGGAUGGCUAAUAUAAAAAAGGAAAAAAAUAUUAAUUACACAUGAUAAAGAAAGAAAAAAUACAAUACAAAUUUCCUCUUUUUGGCCCGUCACCUAUACAGUGUUCUUACAGGCAUUGUUUCAGUGAGGAGGAAGGGAAAGCAAUCUCCAUAAUUAGCAAAAAAAAAAAAAUCCAUUUCAGUUGAAAUUGACCUAGAAAGAAGAUAACAAAUUGGACUUGUGCCCUUUGCUGCAUAGUAAUUUUAAAAAAUAAAGUUCUGAAGGUUGUUUCUCUCAAAAAGAGGUUUGGAGGGGAACUAAUAAAGUUAUGAAAUGGCAAGCAUUAUGUCCAAAACAUGGAGAAUUGAGGAGUGAUUCCUAGGUAGAUAGAGGCCGUCUAGCUGAAUCUUUUGGAACGAGGUUGUGCAAAAUACUCAACUCUUUAAGAUACAAGAAUCUGUAAAAUAUAUAUAUAUAUAUCUAUAUAUAUCUAUAGAUGUAUCUCUAUCUAGAUCUAUCUAUCUAUAUAUAUAGAUUUAGAUCUAGAUAUCUAUAUAUAUCAAGUCUUCAGGUGGAAUAAAACAUUAUUAAUUAAAAGUCCUUUGCACAUAAUUUUUAAAUUUGACAUGGAGAAUUUGUUUUUUCUACCCAAGGAAGAAAACCGAGUAAGAGAUUACCUAUACUACAAUCACUGCUGUUGCCACUUUUGUGUAGACACUGUAGCUGACUUGUUUACUGUUAGCGAUGCUGCACUGAUAGUACUAGCUGUAAAUAGAUGUCUCAUUUGACAUGAGUCUGACUGCCCUGGGGUUUGACCCAGAUCAAAACAGAAGUGGCACAGCCACUUGUGCAUUACCCUUCCAAGCGCAUUACUGCUCUUCUGCUAGUACACAACAGUGGCCACCAAGAGCACACAGCCUAGCCAACUCAUCCUAGGAAUAACCUACAGUAACCUUACACGCACACAGCCAUGUCUUGACAAAAAAUGUUAGCACAUUUUAUCCCACAUACUUCAGAAGGACUUAAAGUGGGACAGUGGACUUGUAUGUCUGUAGGAUCCCAGGAUAAAAGAAUUGCUCCCAGAACAAAAGCAAGUCUGUUUACAGCUGUGGAACUCAAUUGACUGUUAGGGUCUCAGUCAAUUGACUCAGCUUCUUUUGUAGGUGUUUCAACCUGCAGCAAUACUACUGAAACCCGAGGUGGCUAGAUUAAAGCUAAUUUGGGUUCAAUUGCACAAGUUGCAGUCACAGCAAUGACUUCAACGUAGAUGCAUUUUAAAUCCUAGUCAGGGGAAAAACUCAAUCCAGCUAAGUGUUAGCUCUCAUAAAACUAGCUUGUGUUAAAUAAGUGAUAUACUGUCAUUGUUUCAAUUGACUGUUUUUUUUUUUAAGCAGUGCCCUUUAACGUAUUUCAUUGAUACUGUGUUGUUAGAAUUGUUUCCUAAUUUGUAAUAGAAAUUGAGGAAGAUAUAAGGAAGAUUAGGAUGGGAGUUUGUAUUUGCUCUCAACUGUAAAUAAUUUUCAAAUCUAGGUUUCUUAAAAUAAAUAAAUGCUGAAUCAUGUAUUCUAGUUUCCUGUACAGUAAGUAUCAACCAUAAUUUAUUUAUGUUUCUAUUUCCAUGUAGCAUUGAUAGAGAGAUGCAAGAAAAGUAGAGGGGCAGUCUUACCAAAGCUUUAAAAUGUAGCAUAUGUUCAUAAGGAUAAAUGAUGUAUUAUUAAAACCUAGCCUUUAUUUCAAUAGAUAUAUGUCCCAUGCUGUCAACAUUACUGGAAUAAAAUAUGUAAAACUUGGGGAAAUCAGAAAGCUUGGCAAGUAACUGCCAAAGUUUGACGUUCACUGGCUAAAUUUAUAUUUUUAUAUCUGUUUAGGUAGAAUUUUUCUCUGAAAUGUAGACAAAACACGUAAAAUACUAGAUGUUUAAUGAUUCUAGGUAUUUUUGUUAACAAUUGUUUCUGUGCCAGUUGUUUCUUCUACUGAGAUCUUAGCUGCCAGUGCAUAAAAGUAAUAUGAGUUGAUGUGUCUGGAGGGGAGAGGGAAGGAGAUAAUUUUAUAUCCUUAGCAGUGCUUAUCUUUUAAAUCAUUAAAAUGUAAAUUGAUGUUAAUAUUUCAAAGUUUAAUUUAUUGUUAAAAAUGUAGACGUACUUUCUUCCCGAAAUGAAUGUAUCAUUUUUCUUUUUUAUUUUUAUAGGAAUAAAACUUUGGUUAUUGUUUUCAGUAUAAAUUUCUUGGGUUAUUGGACCUGUUUGAACAGAGAUUAUUAUGGUCACCAUUUAUGUUCUUGGUUAAUGGCUACUGGUGAAAUAAAACAUUUUUGGUAAUAUA